AUGCCACAAGACGACGAGCAAGGCUGGAUAACUGAAUCUAAUAACAACCCUGAGCAGCAGGAUAACGUUACAAGCCUAGCAGAUAGAAUUGGUGGUUUGUCUACCGAGAAGGCGGAGCAGGCGGAUCAAGGAGAGAAGGCGGAACAAGGAGACCAACCACAGCAACCACAGCAACCAAAACAAGAACUAGAAGUCUCCGUCACUCUCGCUGAUCAACAAGCUGAUCCAAAUUCUCCCUUAUACUCUGCUAGCACUUUCGAAGAGCUCGGACUCCACGAAAACCUCUUAAAAGGUAUCUACGCCAUGAAAUUUCAAAAACCAUCCAAAAUUCAAGAAAGAGCCCUUCCACUCCUCCUCCAAAAUCCACCUCGCAACAUGAUUGCACAAUCUCAAUCAGGUACGGGGAAAACUGCUGCCUUCGCUUUAGCUAUCCUAUCACGUAUAAAUUAUGAUUCCUCAAAUCCCCAAGCUGUUGUUCUCUCCCCUUCUAGAGAACUCGCCAGACAAACAAUGUCGGUUAUUCAACAAAUGGGUCAAUUCACAAACGUAAAAACUGCUUUCGCUAUAAAGGAUGCUAUCCCUAAAGGGUCUAAAGUAGACGCUCAAGUUAUUGUGGCAACCCCAGGCGCCCUCGUUGACGCUGUACGUAAAGGUCAAAUAAACGCAAAAGAAGUCAAGGUUUUUGUCUUGGAUGAGGCUGAUAACAUGUUAGACCAACAUUCUAUGGGUGACCAAUCCAUUAAAGCUAAAAACCUCAUCACUUCCAAACCUCAAAUUCUUCUCUUCUCCGCUACAUUCCCCGAUAUCGUUAGAAAUUUUGCUGCUAAAUUCGCACCUGCAGCUAAUGAAAUCAGACUUAAACAAGAAGAACUCUCUGUAGAAGGAAUAAAGCAAUUCUACAUGGAUUGUGAUAACUUGGAACAUAAAUUUAAAGUCUUGGUCGAAUUAUACGAGCUCAUGACUGUCGGACAGUCCAUCAUUUUCGUUCAUCGUAGAGAUACAGCUGACGAAAUCGCUCAUCGUAUGACUGCUGAAGGACACACCGUUGUCUCACUCCACGGUAAACAGGAAUCUAGCGAGAGAGAUCUAACCAUUGAUUCUUUCAGAGAUGGUAAAACUAAAGUUCUCAUCACCACAAACGUUAUUGCUAGAGGUAUCGAUAUUAGUCAAGUAAACAUGGUGAUUAAUUACGAUAUGCCAAAGACUGCGUCAGGAAAACCUGAUAGCGAGACAUAUUUACAUAGAAUUGGUAGAACUGGUAGAUUCGGUAGGAAGGGACUUGCUGUCAAUUUCAUUCAUGAUAAGGAAUCCUGGAAAGUUAUGAAUUCUAUUGAGGAAACCCUUAAGAAGGAAAUAAUCAAGGUGGAUACUUCAGACUUUGAUGCUAUGGAGGCUAUCAUGAAGAAGGAGCUUAAAGAUUAA